GAUCUUCCCAUCCAUCCUCCCACUUACAGCUUCCUUAUUCUCUUCUUCAUAGCGGCCUUCCUUACCCAGUCUGUGUGUCUAGAUGACACAACAGUCAAGUUUGAGAUCUGGGACACGGCUGGGCAGGAGCGAUACCACAGCCUAGCCCCUAUGUACUACAGGGGUGCCCAGGCUGCAAUUGUGGUUUAUGAUAUUACUAAUCAGGAAACUUUUGCCCGGGCAAAGACAUGGGUAAAGGAACUGCAGCGGCAAGCCAGCCCUAGCAUUGUUAUUGCCUUGGCAGGGAACAAAGCUGACCUUGCCAACAAGCGCAUGGUGGAGUAUGAAGUAAGAUGGUCCACAGAGCCCUCCCUAACACUCACCACACUCUUGAAAAGUCACGUGAGGCACUCAUUGUUCCGCUUCCUAGUUGUGCACCACAUUAAAUACAGCAACACUGUGGCCAUAACGGCAGCCAGAAGAUUUUAGAAGAGUUAGAAGAUUGCAGAUCAGAGGGGUAAGGAAAUUUCACUUGUAGUGACCAGGGUAAAAACAGGAAGAAGGGAGCAGUUAAAUUUGCGGUAAGGAGGUAUUGACAUGCCAUAACCCACAGAUUCCUAUCAGUUCACCCUUCUCCAUAACGAGAACUCCUUACACUGGGGAGGUGGUUCUAGUUGUACAGUGCUUGUGUGGCCCAGCUGAGGACUUGGGGAUCCCAGAACCCACAUGAAAAAGGCUUGGUUAAGGUAGCAGCACAUGCCUGCAGUCUCAGUGCUGGGGAUGUGGAGAGUGGAGUAUCUCAGGGGCUUGCUGGCAGCUACUCGAGCCAAAACAGUCAGUUUCUAGUUCAGUGAGAGAUG